GAUGCGUGUCUGUUUGCGCGUGUGUAUGAUUAUACGAGUUAUAAUUACCUUAACACAGACUUGCACCUUUCUCUAUGUAAAAAGAUCUUAGUGGUGGAUAAGUUGCAUAAAGGAGGUGGGAAUAUAUUGGGCGACACUUAUAUAAUUAUGUGGUGCCUGGUGUAGGAUGAUUAGUGGUAGAAAAACCGAUCUUUUGGUGCCAAAAGUACCCGGUAAAUGUUGGCCUAAUACUUUUGCAUAUGAAAGCAGCAUUAAUAUAAAAGUGAUAUCAUAAUAUUUCUAGUAACCCAGAUGCCAAAUAUGUGUCAGAAUAUUAUAAAUUGUCCAACACUUGUCAAGUGCUCAGUGUAUUGCUGACGAACUUUUGUUCUGAUACACAGUAUGCAUGACAAACUUGUGUAUAGUAUUUCUUUAUCGUAUUAUUGACUUGCACUGUUCUAAACCAUUGUUAUUUAAAGCAUUCCCGUCAUAAUUUUAGAACUAAAGGUAGCUUCUGGUAUGAUCAUUGGCUGGAAAGAAUUGCAAAACAUUACCAGCUAUUACGUAUUGGGGACAAAAUAAAUGUUUAUAAGCUACUCAACUUGAUAUAAGAUUGGAAACUUUGAAGCCUAAAGAUGCUAAUAAGUUAUGGAUGACCAAAUUGCAGAACGUUCAUGCAUAUGAGGAUGAUAAACACUAACAGAUACUAAUCAAAUAAUCAAGAGAGUGUUUCUGUCUCAUUGUUCAACUAAUUAAGUUGGAAUCCAGGUCAUGCUUCGCAGGCCUCUUUAUUAGCUCUUAUUUGUGGUGCACAACAAUUAAAAUCUAUUUCUCAUUACCAUGUCUCUUUCCCACCUUGACUUCAGACCAAAGGCAGGUUUGCCACGAAAAAUCUUCAUCCUUUCAAUGAUGAAGUUUUGCAAAGCUCAUGGUAUAUGAAAGGCCCUAUAAUCUUGAAAUAUGUGUCACUGUGUCUUACUAUCUUUCCACAGUGCACUCCAACGUGAAUAACAUGAAUACUACUAUCAAGGAUCUGGGAUCUACUUGCUAAACAAUAUCUUACUGCGCACUCAAUGUGUGUAACAUGAAUCCUACAGUCAACGACCUGGGUCUAUUUCCUAAACAAUAUGCGACAAACUACAUGGUUCGAGCUUUUAGUUUACAGUUUUUACUCUAACGUGCGUUAUACAUUUGUUGUAUGUCUUUGCCCAAUAAUAGGUUUAUUAUUAUGGGGUUUCUCCCCCAGAUUUUUAGAAUAAAAUUUGUUAAAUGUCCCUAUCUGUUAGCAAUAACUCUAUAGUUCUUUUUGUGCUAUAACUUUUAACACAAAAGCUACUGAUGCAAAUCUCUAAUUCAGUUUUAAAACCUUUAAUAAGUUGAUGCAAGUUCUUGAAGAGAAAAUAAUCGUGUUUAUUUUUAAGAAGAGGUCUAGAGUUCGCUUCUCACCUCCCCUUCCCCCAACUAUCCGAAAAAUAAAGAAAUAAAGAUAGUCUUACAUUAAAUGUUACUCCUUGUCUUAGUUUUCAUCAUUGGCUGCAACAAUUUUAAGUCCUGAGAUUUCAUUUGUCUUGCACAAGAUUUUUCAAGUUCUUAUGCUCUUUUACUUUUGUCUUACCAUUCAGAUUGAAGUGGGUGAUAAUAUACCUUUAAAUUAGAAACAACUCUUUACCCUUUCUGAAAUUGAUGCAGAGAUGAAAGCAAACUAGGUUAUACAAAUAUAUGCUUAGAGUACGCAGUUAAGGUCAUGUAAAUCAUGAAUCUAAAGAGUUAUUCUCAAGCACAGACUAAUUUCUUAGUAGAGAUCAUAGACACAUUUUCACCGUUAAUGACAAUAAAGAAUGGUUUACAAAUCCGGGAUAGCCGGUUGCAAAGGCUAUCCCCUCUCCCUUCCUCAUGACAAUGACAAGGUCGUGCAAUUCCCUUGCAAAUUAUAACAUGUUAAAAAGUAAACAUUUAAGUGUGUAUUACUUGAAAAGAUAAAGUAAGAUGGAAAAACCUUAUUGGCCACUACUUUCUGCUUCCGAAAACACUUCUAUAUUCUCUAGAAACCAUCUAAAUUAUGUCAGAGUCCAUCCAGUAGCCAAAUUAUACUAUAAAAAACUUUAAGAUUGCCAUGUGGUAUCUUGUCCCCUGUGUUGAUCUCUUAAAUUAGUGGACGUGUCACAAGUGGUUUGAUUAUAUAUAGCCCCUUAAUCUUAAACUAGUAGAUAUAAUUUAGCAGAGACUGAUAAGUCUUUUUUCUUUCAUCUGAAUAAUUGUGAAAUCUUUCGAAUUAAGUUACAAGUCUAAUGGCUUUUAUACUGAUGGUUCCUCUUACUAUAAUCUUUUUGAGCGUCUUGUCUGUGUCUCAUGUUUCGGGCACUCGACAUGGUCACUUCCCCACUACUAAAAUGAAUUCUAUUAGUGGUGAUGAUCUUGUGACCAACUUGCCUGGUCAGCCUAACAUAGACUUCCGGCAUUAUGCUGGGCACAUUACUGUAAAUGAAAAUAAUGGAAGGGCACUCUUCUAUUGGUUUUAUGAAGCCUUGACUCUCCCUGAUGACAAGCCCUUGGUUCUGUGGCUUAACGGAGGGCCUGGCUGCUCAUCUGUUGGAUAUGGAGCAACACAAGAGCUUGGACCUUUCAUUGUGGAUGGGCACUCUAGUGAACUCAAAUUUAAUCCUUACUCAUGGAAUAGAGAGGCCAACAUGUUAUUCCUGGAAUCUCCAGUAGGUGUUGGCUAUUCAUACUCUAAUACAUCUAGUGACUAUAGCAAACUUGGAGAUGAUUUUGCUGCAAAUGAUGCUUAUGCUUUCCUCCAAAAGUGGUUCCUAAAAUUCCCAUCUUAUAGAACUCGUAUACUUUAUAUCGCGGGGGAGAGCUAUGCAGGAAGAUAUGUCCCAGAUUUAGCUGACCUUAUUCAGAAUAAGAACAAAGACUCUUCUGUACAUAUUAAUCUGCGGGGAAUUCUGCUAGGUAACCCUGAAACAUCUAAUGCCGAUGACUGGCAAGGUAUUCUGGAUUAUGCUUGGAGUCAUGCCAUAGUAUCUGAAGAGACUCAUAAAGCUAUUAAAAAAUCAUGUGAUUUCUACAGCAGUGAACCAUGGAAUGAUGAUUGUGCUCAAGCUGCGGAUGAGGUCUACAGACAAUAUAAAGAGAUAGAUAUGUACAGCCUGUAUACCUCUGUGUGUACUAGCAAUACUGCAGGUUCAGAAUACAAAUCAAAUCAAGUCAUGAUCAGGGGCACAUCUAAUAUGAUGCCUCGCAUAAUGGGUGGGUAUGAUCCAUGCCUUGAUGACUAUGCAAAAGCUUAUUACAACAGGCCUGAUGUUCAGAAAGCACUCCAUGUAAGUGAUGGUCACCAAAUAAAGAAUUGGAGCAUCUGCAAUAUGGAUGUUUUUAAUAACUGGUUGUGGUCUGAAUCAAAGGAAUCGGUUCUUCCUACAUACAAAGAUCUCACUGCCGGACUUAAGAUAUGGGUCUACAGUGGAGACACAGAUGGAAGACUUCCUGUACUAUCCACAAGAUACAGCUUAAACUCUCUAGGCCUUCCCAUCACUAGGGCAUGGAGGCCGUGGUACCACCAGAAGCAGGUUGCUGGGUGGGUUCAAGAGUAUAAAGGACUGACUUUUGCAACAUUCAGAGGAGCUGGCCAUGCAGUGCCGUUAUUCAAGCCAAGUGAGUCACUUGCAUUUUUUGCUGCAUUCAUCAAUGAUGAAUCUCCACCUUAAUCUGAGCUUCCACUGAAUAUGAUCUUUGCUGUUGCGACAUACUAGUACUGUCAGUUUUAGUAUUUGUAAAAUAUAGCUGAAAACGAUCAAAAUAUUUAGUGUGGAAAUCACCUCAUGUACCUGAGAUUCUCA